AGGAUUCUAUUGGCUAACGGCUUCUAUAGCUCCGAUGACAGUCAGGAAGUUUUCAUCGCUUAAAGGGACGGUGACAAACUUCAAAGGAUACCCGGGAAAUGAACGCUGCCCUGCGCUUUGCAGCAGUGGCAGUCCCGAUGGGUGUCCUGCUGUCCCGCACCAUGGCGUGGAUGUCCAGCGGAAAAACACACCCAGAGCUCAUCAGUAGACUGAGAGAUCAUGGAGUAAUCCGGAACGACAGAGUAUUUGACGCCAUGCUGGCCACUGACAGAGGACUUUACUCCAGAGACUAUCCUUAUGCAGACUCUCCACAAACAAUAGGCUUCAGGGCAACCAUCAGCGCUCCACACAUGCAUGCUCAUGCUUUGGAGCUGCUGAGCGACAAGCUAGUCGAAGGAGCGUCGGCGCUGGAUGUAGGCUCUGGAAGUGGAUAUUUAACCGCCUGUUUUGCAAGAAUGACGGGACCCUCUGGUAGAGUUGUUGGCAUCGAACACAUUGAAGAACUCGUUCAGAAGUCAAUAAAAAAUGUGCAAAAUGACGACCCAGAACUGCUGUCGUCUGGACGCAUUAGACUCGUUGUUGGGGAUGGAAGACUUGGAUAUCCAGAUGGAGCGCCGUACGAUGCCAUCCAUGUUGGUGCAGCUGCAGCAACGGUUCCCAAAGCUCUGUUGGAGCAACUGAAGCCAGGCGGGCGUCUGGUUCUUCCAGUUGGACCUGAAGGUGGCAGCCAGGUGAUGGAGCAGUACGACCGACAAAGCGACGGGACCUUCCUGAAGAGGGCGCUGAUGGGCGUGGUUUACGUCCCGCUAACCGACAAAAGGCGUCAGUGGCCGGGGUCUUCCCUCCAACUUUCUGAGGCCCUGACAGGCGCCCCCUGGUGGCCCACUGCCUUCACUAACUUCAAUCUGCUGCGUUUUCUUCUGCCUGCAGAGACGAACUCUGACUGCAGUGCUGCUGAUUCUCCAGCAGGUGGCGGUGAUGCUGCUGCAUCUCUUGGGAACCAUAACAGUUCCUGUUAUUUACCUCCCGCUCCACUGGCACCGCAGCGGCACCGCUGUUCUCGCUUCGCCUGAACAGUUUGACUAACUUAAUAGAUGACUGAAUAACAGACCUGAGGUUUACCGAUUAACCUUUUUCCAGAGUUCUUGGACGAAGCAAAGCAGCGGCGAGGAUGAGAAAGAAGAGAUAUUUUUUAUAGGGAAGAAAACUGUAAUUUCUACACUGCAAAAACAAAAAGCAUAUAUAGUCUAGUUUCUAGUGUAAAUAUCUUAGUACACUUGAAAUGAGAUUAAACAACCUUUUAAGUAACAUUUAGGAGGUUUCUUUACAUAAAUAACUCCUUAAUAUUGAUUAAAACGUACUACUUAUAAGUGAAAUAAUCUACCAAUUGAACUAGUACUUUUUUCAUCAAUAUUAAGGAAUUAUUUACUUAAAACAAGCUGCUAAAGGUUGCUGAGAAGUUACUUGUAAGUUAGUUUUGUCAUAUGUAUUUGCACUAAAAAUUAGACCAAAAUACUUGGUAAGAGUUUGUGUUUUUGCAGUGUAGGGAAGCAACAAUUAUCGAGCAUAACCCAUUAUCCUGUAAUUAAAACACUUUGUUUAUAGAAUUAAUCUAUAUUUGGCAGACAGAAGGCUUCGUCUUCUUGGAAGAGAACGGUGUGCCAAAAUGUGAGAAAUAUUUUUAACAACAAAAAUAUUGUAUGAAGUGUGUAAAUCUUGUUUCUUAAUAAAUCACAUUAGAAAAUAA